AUGACGGAUAAUCGUGAAUCUGCUAUUGCUUAUUUUAUAUCAAUAACUCGUUGUCUACGGGCUGAUGCAAUACAAUGUUUACAAAAACAUAACUGGAGACUUGAUCAAUCUCUCAAUUUAUUUUUUGAACAUGAACAUAAUCAAAUAAAAUCAAAUAUACAUUCAAAACGUAUCGAUGCACCAUAUCAACAGUACGAAAACAAACUGAAUGCACGUGCUUUUGAUCUUGUUCCCCUCUCGUCUAGAUCGUCACCUAAAACAAUUAUCAUACCAACGAUGAUCGAAUUUCAACGAUUUAUUGAAUUAUUUCAUACUGAUACAAUAAAUCUACUUGAAAAUUCAACUAAAAUGAUGAAUUUAGCAAUGAAAUAUGCAACGUGUAAACAAACAACUAUUCCAUUAAAUCAAAUUGAACAUUGGAAAAUUCAUUUAAAAGUUGAUUAUACACGUUUACAAACUCUACUUGAUAAUGAUAUGUGUGCACCAUUAGUUUGGAUUGAACAUUUUGAACAUUUAUUAAAUGGAAAUAUUUGUCAAUUAUUUGAUUGUGAUUAUAUGUUUAAUAUAAUCGAUUAUAAAACAAAAGUAGAAUCAUUUUCCUAG